GGCGCCCUCGGGGGCCUUUAAAUGAGGCCUUCCUUGGCGCGCAGCAGUGAGUUCGGCAAAGCGUGUGUAGAAGGGUCGGCUUUUCCCCGGGCCAGAGCCGCUUGGGACCCUGAGUUGAAUGUAGACUCUAGGAAGGAUCCGAUCCUCAUUCUCCUGGAGCCUUCCCUGCCAGGCUGAAAUAUUGGGAGCUAGAGUGAAGGAGAAAUCUAGGAAGAUGAGCUCUAGCAUAACCAUGAGUGAACCGAGACUGAACUGGGAUGUUACACCCAAAAAUGGCCUUAAGGCAUUUUUCUCUCCAGAAAAUUACAAAGAUCAUUCCAUGGCUCCAAGCUUAAAAGAACUCUAUAUUUUGUCUAACAGACGUAUAGGAGAAAAUUUGAAUGUCUCAGCAAGUUCUGUAGAAAAUGAGCCUGCAGUUAGUUCAGCAACUCAAGGAAAGGAAAAAGUUGGGAUGAUUCUCCUUCCAAAACCAAGAGUUCCUUAUCCUCGUUUCUCUCGGUUCUCACAGAGAGAGCAGAGGGCUUACGUGGAUUUGUUGGCUAAAUAUGCGAAAAUCCCCUCAAGUUCCAAAGCUGUUGGAACAAAUACAAAUGAAUUCCUGCAGUAUUUGGAUAUGAAAAAACAUGUGAAUGAAGAAGUUAAUGAAUUCCUAAAGUUUUUGCAGAAUUCUGCAAAGAAAUGUGCACAGGAUUAUAAUAUGCUCUCUGAUGAGGCCCGUCUCUUCACAGAGCAAAUGCUAAGAGCUUGUAUUGAACAAGUGAAGAAGUACCCAGAAUUUUAUACUCUCCACGAAGUCACCAGCCUAAUGGGAUUUUUUCCUUUCAAAAUAGAGAUGGGACUGAAGUUAGAAAAGACUCUUCUUGUUUUGGGCAGUGCAAAGUUUGUAAAAACAGCAUUUCCCUCGAUGCCUGUGAAGUUACAGCUUUCAAAAGAUGACAUGUCUUCCAUUGAGACCCCACAGCAGAAAGCUGAAGCUAUGCACUAUGAUAUUAGUAAAGACCCGAAUGCAGAGAAGCUUGUUUCAAGAUACCAUCCGCAGAUAGCUCUGACUAGCCAAGCAUUAUUCACCUUGCUCAAUAACCAUGGACCAAGCUACAAGGAGCAGUGGGAAAUCCCAGUGUGUGUUCAGAUGAUAGCUGUGGAAGGUUCCAAACCAGUUAAAGUAAUUUAUAUUAAUUCACCACUUCCCCGAAAGCAAAUGACAAUGAGAGAAAGAAAUCAAAUCUUCCAUGAAGUUCCAUUAAAACAUGUGAUAUCAAAAAACACAUCUGUCCCAGUCUCUGCGGUCUUUAUGGACAAACCUGAAGAGUACACCUCUGAGAUGGACAUAUCCACUGAAGCUAAUGAGUGCCGAAAAAUUGAGACUCUGGAAAAUUUGGAUCUGGAUUUUGAUGAUGAUGUCACAGAACUUGAAACCUUUGGAGUAACUACCACUAGUCCCUCCAGGUCACCAAGUUCAGAAAGUGACUCCCCUGUACCCAUCUUGACAGAUGUCCACACAGCCUCCAAAGUAGCAACUGCACCUGUGGUACCACCUGCACCUGUGGCACCACCUGCACCUGUGGCACCACCUGCACCUGUGGCACCACCUGCACCUGUGGCACCACCUGCACCUGUGGCACCACCUACACCUGUGGCACCACCUGCACCUGUGGCACCACCUGCACCUGUGGCACCAUCUGCACCUGUGGUACCACCUACACCAAGCAUUACUGAUGAUUCUAGAAGCUUAUGUCAGAUUCUAUUGAAACAAUUGCAGAAGGAGAAACAGCUAUUCUCUGGUGUGGAAAAUGGUCCUGAAGAGUGCAAAAAUAAAGAUGAUCAGGGACUUGAAUCAUGUGGUGAAGACGUUCACAGUGUCAGUGCAAAAUCUUUGACACAAGAUAAUGAACCCCACAAAACAUCUGAUGGAAUCUCUAAGGCAAUCGAUGUAGAUAUGCUGUAUACCAAUGAUGAAGGACCAGAUGUUCAGGGGAACACAGACAAUGCCAACAAAACAGCUACUGCAUCAGAAACAGCUAAAACUGAGAAAGGGAUUUCUUGCGGGAGUGAUACAGAUGAGGACUGUUUAAUCAUUGAUACAGAGAGUAGAAGUAUUACUGAUGGAAAGACAGCUGAUGUGGGUUCUAGACCAGCAAGUCCAAAUUCUUCAGUACAGACUUCUGUGGGAAACCAGACCACUACUACUGUUUCUGAAGAAUCUUGUGUUUUAAAGAAACCUAUCAAAAGAGUCUAUAAAAAAUUUGAUCCAGUUGGAGAAAUUCUGAAAAUGCAGGAUGAGCUUUUAAAGCCAAUUUCCAGGAAAGUGCCUGAGUUGCCCUUGAUUAAUUUAGAAGAAUCUAAACAGCCAUCUGCCUCUGAGCAACCCUCCGUUACUUCAGAUGCCUCAAGCUGGCCAAAAUCUAGUUGGACUUCUGCAUUUCAGAAGCCUAAAGGACGAUUGCCAUAUGAACUCCAAGACUAUGUUGAAGAUACAUCAGAAUAUAUAGCUCCUCAAGAAGGAAAUUUUGUCUACAAGUUGUUCAGCCUACAAGACCUGCUGUUACUUGUGCGGUGCAGUGUCCAGAGGAUAGAGACAAGACCACGGUCCAGAAAACGGAAGAAGAUCAGAAGACAAUUUCCAGUUUACGUGCUACCAAAAGUAGAAUAUCAAGGUUGUUAUGGAGUUGAAGCUCUGACUGAAAGCGAGCUCUGUCGCUUCUGGACUGAAAGUUUAUUGCAUUCCAACUGCUCGUUUUAUGUUGGGCAUAUUGAUGCAUUUACUUCAAAGCUUUUCAUGCUAGAAGAAAUCACCUCAGAAGAAUUAAAAGAAAAACUUGCAGCACUCAAGAUUUCAAGUUUAUUUAACAUUCUCCAACACAUUCUAAAGAAAUUGUGUAGCUUGCAGGAUGGGUCCUACUUGCUGUCUCACGCAGCAGAAGACUCUUCGCUCCUGAUCUACAAGACCUCAGAUGGAAAAGUUACUAGGACAGCAUAUAAUUUGCAUAAGGCGCAUUGUGACCUUCCUGGUGUACCUUCCAGUCUCUCAGUUCCUUGGGUUCCGUUAGAUCCCAGCUACCUGUUACCAUAUCACAUCCAUCAUGGACGAAUACCUUGUACUUUUCCGCCUAAAUCACUGCGCCCUGCAGCACAACCAAAGGUUGGUGGGACAAGAAUGCCUCUUCGUAGCCACAGGAAUCCAGUUUCCAUGGAAACCAAAAGCAGUUGCCUGCCUGUUCAGCAAGUUGAAAAUGAAGGAGUGGCUCAGAAUAAAAGGAAAAUAACGUAAGGACUGGACCAUGGAAAAUGAAGUUUCAGAAAAACCAGUUGUACCAGUGUUUAACAUUCAACUUUGAGGGGAAACAUGCCCUAAAAAGCAGCUAGCAAGAAGAGUGUUUCCCCUUGCUCUCCUGGAGUUCUUACAAAGUGCCUUGGAAAACCUACUGACUGUGGGAAGGGCAGUGCCAGCAGAAGUUAGUGUCCCUCCUCACUUCUGCAUGGAGAAAGACAAAUAUUUUUAUAGUACUCUUUUCUAAAGGUCACAGAUAGGAAAACUACUUGCUGUUUUAGAAAGUGUCAUGUGUUACGUUAGUAAUUUGAUUGUAUUGCUAGUCUAAUGAGACUGGCCCAAACGGUUAAAUGUGGCCACUAUAGAGACAGCUGUGUGCGUUCUUCAUGGCCCAUUUUUGUCAGUAUCAACACUACUAUUGAUGUGUUUGAAAACCUGUUGAAAUUCCAUUGUGGGCACCAGAAGUGAAAACAAGGAAGAUCUCUGUUUCUGAAAAGUGGCAAAUGAAUAUUUUCCUGCUAGGCAACCACACAUGUGUUUUAUAAAACACUAGCAUUCUGUGGUGUGACAGCUUUAGUGACAGUGCCUCUACAACUUUGCACAAAUUCCAGCUGAGCGUGGUGAACCACUGCCAAAAGCCAAGACAACAUGAGUAUGCAGGCAUUCCGGGAAAAAAGCUUGAGCAUUCCAUCAGGCAUGGGUAAGGUGCCAUUAAGCCUAGCAUUUUCUUAUUUAUUUUUCUCAUUUAUCCUGAUUCAUUCAGAAAGCAGCAUCAGCAGUGGGUUGGCCAGUUUGGAUGUGAGAGGACAGACCUGUUCACUUUUUGUUACCUAUUUUUUAAUAAACACUAAAGGUAUCAGAAAUGUGUUUGCAAUCUCAGAAAUACAAGAUUUGUAGUCCAAAGGCAAUUUUCAUGUUGUUUUGGGGCAGUGUGUGCAUGUGUGUGUCUGUGUGUGUUCCAUGGAAAUUAUACCCAAAAAUCAGGGUCUAGAGAAAGGGCUGUUGCAGAGGACCAGAUUUGAUUCCCAAUCACAUGGCUGCCCACAACCAUCUAUAACUCCAGUUCCACAGGAUCAAAUGACCUAUUCUGGCCUCCAUGGGCACUUCAUGUAUGUGGUAUACAUACAUAUAUUUUAAUAAAACAUUCGUGCUCAUAAAAUAAAAUUCUCUUAAUGAAAAAAAUACUCAAAUCCUCUAAAGUAUUUUAAGCUGAAAUUUUUAUCUUCUACUAUCAAGUUUUGUUUUGAAUUGAUUUUUCUGAGGAGUUGGUUGCCUAAAUUAUUAGUACAUAUUACUAUAUGGAUUUUUUGUUUUGUUGUUUUGUUUUGAGACUGGCUGUCUUAUAACACAGAAAUCACCUACCUCUGCCUCCUGAGUACUGGGAUUAAAGAUGUGCGCCACCAUGUCCAGCUACUGUAUGGAUUUUAAUGUAUCAUUUCCUCAGCCUGCUACUCUUUUUUUAAAAGACUUAACUUUCCUCCAUAAACUUUGUCACUUAUGCACAUAUUCAGAAAUAUUUUAGUUUUGACUCAUUUGGCAUUCAGCCUGGGAAUGUGGGGUAGGGGAUCCCUUUGGAAUUAGCUCUUUUCCAAAGCUAGACGGUGUUUGCUGCAGUCUGAAUGUUGAAGACUGCCUUGGCUUCCUCUGUCUACAGUGAUUAUUUUUUAAUUAUCAAACCUGGGAACAGUUCUGAUCACAUAAGAGCUGGUUUUCUUCUGUACUUAACAAAGGCUCUUUUUAAACAUAUAUUUGAUGUUGUCUUUUGUUCUUGAUUUUUAGCAUAAAGAAUUUGUAAGCAAGGUAGUGAUAUUGAUAACUGUAGCAACGUUUUUGUUGUUGCUGUUGUUGUUUUUCUUUAAUAUAAGCUGGGGGUUACCUCAAUAUUAGAGUACUCACCUAGCAUGCCUGUGACCAAAGGUUCUGUCUAGAUGCAUAGGAAGAAAAGGAGAUAUUAGGAUAUUAUGAACCUAAACCUGGCUCAUAUAUUCUUUUGUGUGAAAGUAUAAUUUAUGUAAACGUCUUAGAAAACAAGUUCAAGAAUUUGACUACA